UUACAUUGUCAUAGGUUCAAUAUGACGCAAAAUAGGGCUAAGUGGACAGCAAGGUAUGAGAAAGGUCUCGUGGAGGUACUUACAGAGUACAAUCUAUCUCAUUACCGUGGCCAAAAUGGGUGGACUACCGAAGGAUGGAAUCAAGUUGUCAAGGAACUGAACAAUUUAUAUCCAGAGGCAAGGUUUACCAAGGAUCAGGUUCAAGAUAAGGAAGCUCAGUUGAAAAAGCACUACAAAAAUAUCAAGUUGAUAGUCAACCGCUCUGGAAUAUCAUGGAAUGAUAUUGCAUGUGUGAUCAACACCACGCCUGAAAAAUGGGAAGAGAUCAUUGCAGAGGACCCAAAGCUCAAAAUGUAUGAAGGAAAGAGCUUUCCAUUGUACGAGGCAUUGGGUGUGCUCUAUGAAGGACACAUUGCGCAAGGAAGACACUGCCUCACAUCAAGGAAGCCUCCGAUUGGCACAAAAACAGGUAGCAACUUUGGAGCGAAGGAUAAGAUGGUUGCAAGCACUAGCAAGAAAAAUACAAGACAUGGAAGAGAUGACAACGUAAGGACUUCUUCAAUAAUUGACAUCAAUGAUACUCCUACAUUAGAUGAUGUGGAUGAAAGAGAGAACACUGUCAAUGACGAGGAAGAAUUAGGCAGUGAAGAUGCUGAUGGCGAUCAACCACAAAUAAGUGAAUCAAGUGCAAAAGGGAAAAAAACUAAGAAACAAAAAGGUGCCACAUCUGUACAGCGGCUUGAAGAUUCCAUGAUGGCUUAUGUGAAUUUCAAGAAAGAUCAAGCUUCCAAGAAGGAAAAAGUGUCACAGCAAGGAAAACAACCCUCAAUUACAGAAUGCUUGCAGGUCUUGAAUGACAUGGAUGAUGUUCCCGACGAGGUCAAAAUCUUUGCCUCUGAUGUUUUCAAGGAUGCAGCAAAUCGUGAGAUUUUCCUGGGUUACAACUCAAGAUUGCGGGGUAUGUGGCUAAAGAAGGAAGUCGACAAGAUUAGUCCUCAGCCUCCUCCUUCUCGGUUUUCAUCUGGCGAUAUUCCUUCAAUCAAUCUGGUGCUCUGAUCAAAGGAUGUCCUUUCACAUGAUUCUAUGAUUACCCGAGUCCAUGAAGCAAUCAAUAAUAUUCCUGAAAUACUUUAUGUCUAAGCGCACAAUGGUUGAACAAUUGCCUCAAUAAAUUUGGUUAUGUAGCAUGCGGACGAGACGAGACAAGUAUGCCUCGAUAAAUU